UUAUGGUGCAACCAAUAGUCGUGGUGAAAAUGAUAUGGUUAGCAUGGAAGAUGAUGAGCUUUUUGGUCUAUAUGAAGUCAUGGGCUCACUCUUAGAUGACCCUACAUGGUCACAAAUGCACCCACAACCAUGUACAGACACACCAUGGCCUGGUGUUCAGUGUGAACUCAUGGCUCAAGAUCAAAAUGGUCAACAAGAUUAUAACCCCACAAUCUUUCAUGUAACCAAGAUUCAUAUUGGCACUGAUAUCUUAACCCCACCAUGCAAAUCAACUGCCACAUUGUCUCAAAAAGGUUUGACCAAGCUUCCAUAUUUGAAAACUUUAUCUUUAUUCAACUGUUUUAUUACCACACCAUUUUCUUUAUCUUCAUCACUCUUUGAAAACAAUUCAUUAUCAUCUUUAGAACACUUAGCACUUGUGUCAAAUUCUGGUCUACAUGGAACCAUUCCUUCAAGUUUAGGCCUUAUUCAAACUUUAAGAGUCCUUUCACUUUCACAAAACAUGUUAAGUGGUGAAAUCCCAAAAGGUAUUUGUGGGCUUAUGAAUCUACAACAGCUUGACUUAAGUUACAACCAUCUCACUGGCUCAAUCCCUCAAGAAAUUGGAGGGCUAAAAAGUUUGACCAUCUUUGACUUAAGCUACAACAUGAUUGGUGGUCAAAUGCCAUCAUCAUUUGGUCAUCUUAAGUAUCUUCAAAAGAUUGACUUGGGAUAUAAUGACAUUUCAGGUAAGGUACCUCAAGAAUUUGGCAAUUUGGGGAAAUUGGUCUUGUUUGACUUGAGUCAUAACUCAUUAAAUGGUCCAUUACCUGAAUCGUUAUCUGGCUUAAAUCAGCUAGAAUAUUUGGUCUUUCAAGACAACCCUAUAAACACAAGGAUGCCUUUGUUUAUUGGGUCAUUGGGUAGGCUUAAAGUUUUGAGCUUUUCAAGAUGUGGGCUGAUGGGACCAAUCCUUUUUUCUUUGUCAAACAUGAAAAAUCUGACUGCUUUGUCUCUUGAUGGUAACAGCCUUAAUGGGACAGUUCCUUCAAAUAUAGUGACACUACCAAAUCUUGAACAACUAAAUUUGAGCAAAAAUCAACUUAGUGGAGAGAUAUUGGUGUCACAAGAUAUUGUAAAAAGAUUGGGAAUGAGACUUGAUAUUAGAGGUAAUAAUGGGCUUUGUAUAAAGAACAAUAAUACUUCAAGUCAAGUUAAAAGUCCUUCUUGUAUAUCUUCAUCAAGAAGAAUGGGUAACAAGACCUCAUUUGGUGAAGAAGAACAUCAAGAUGAAUGUGGAAAUAUGAACACUACUUUAUAUCAAAGUAAUUUGAGUUCAAGGAAGCAUCAUGGAUAUGUAUUUGGAUUAUGGUUUGAUCAAGUGUUUAUGUUGAUAGUCUUUUUGUUGUUUUAG